AUGGACGACCUCCUCAGUACUUCCAAAGAAAGAAGGAUAGAAAACAGGCGAAACAGAAUUAGAAACAAACUAAAUAAACAAGCGCAGCCACCACACGAGAGCGAACAACCGACCACAAGCAAAAACCAGGAGGGAGAACCCCCCAACGAUGAGCUACCAAACACAGGAGAAGCUAAAUCUACAUACAAAUUUGAAUAUAAAAAUGAAGAGUGUAAUGUAAAUUACGAUAACCUGAAGCGAGAAAUUGUUAAAAAUUUUGAAGAAAAAAAAAAGGACUUUCUAGGGGAAGUAUCCGCGAGGGUGAACCAGAAGGAACAGCCCUUCCUGGAGGAAAUAAAAAAGUAUGUUGUCGGGUUGAACGAAAACAGCUUCGCUAUAAGCUCCAACGCAAAGGAGCAAAAUCUUACAGAACAAAUCGAAGACACUUACCAGUCCGAGUUCCAAAAGAACAUCGCCGACGUGAAGGCUUUGGCACUAAAAGAAAAAGAGUCCUACAAAAAGAAAAUAGAAAAAUAUUUCUCCCUCUUGAAGUAUAAAGACGAAAAGAUUAAAAAAGUGUGUGAAAUUAACUCGAAAAAUGUCCUAUCCUUUAUCGAGCUGAUGAGGGACCAAAUGGAGGGCUACAAAACAUAUCUGGAAGACAUACUGACCAAAACGCGAGACGAGCUAAAUUCGAAAAGGAAGAGCUUGCUGAACAACAAUAAGGAAAUACUCGAAGACUUCAUGAGGAUGAGAGACCUGAAUUCCACUACUUUUCUGGACGAGCUGGAAAGCCACAAAAAGCUGAACCACAAAAUUAAGGAAUGUCACGAACAGAAUCAUCUAAAUUUGAAGGGCAAAAAUGAGUUACUGGAGGAAAACCUAGACACGAACAUGGAACACAUACAAGACAUCAACCGCAUCAUCAUGGAGAGGGAAAAAAAACUUUACGACAACAAACUCCUGCAACAGAAAAACAACCACAAUUUGAAAAUGAUAAAUUUUUAUAAACUCGAAAUAAAUAAACUGAGAGAAGCUCUCCUCUCCGUUAAGACCUUCUACUACAACUAUAAGAUUAAGUCCAAAAAAAACGUCAGCGAGCUAAUAAAUCAGUACGAGCGAAUCAAGUUUCAAUUUAUCCAGCUGCAAAAGAGACAGAAAAGUUAUGAGCAAAAUUUUCAGAAGAAGUAUGCCAAAGCGUGGGAUUUGCAAAAGAGCGAGGCCAACAGACACAUCGCAAAAUUAUUAAGUGCAAACCAAAUAAUUCAUGAGCAAAUUUUCAUGAAAGAAUUCUGCAAGACGAAUUAUAAACACCUGGUUGAGGAAAAUUACAACAUAGGCUCAUCCCCCCUUAAAGAGGACACAAAAACGAACGAUAACGAAAACGUAAAGCAAGUCACACAUAACCAAAUCGAACAAGUGAAAAAGCUACUCCUCCAGGAAUGUAACUUUCUAGUUGAUGGGGAUGCAGAGGACGAACAGGAAAAGCUGAAAAAAAUUUUCAACUACAUAGGCGUUCACACGCAAGACGACUUGGAACUGCUGACUCAGUUGUUCUACGUUGACGACCAGCAGGAGAACGACGAAGGGGACCUGACGCACAACUCGGAAUACACACUGGACAUAAUUUUCAAAUACUACCAAGAGAAAGAAAAAGAAAAUGUGUGCAGAAUUGCGCAAAAUAAGCAGAAGUACAAAAAUAGACUAAACAUCUCCCUAAAGCUAAUAAUUGAACGAAAAAAACAGGAAAAGGAGUACUGGGAUAACCUUGCUCGUAUCACUCCGCAUGACACGAUAGAACUGUGGAAGACGUUCUUAAUUUUUAUUGAAAAGUACUAUCACUUGCUCAAGGAAAGAGCAACCAUCAUUCAGAAUAUUUUUGCGGAGGAAAAACUAGUAAAAGAAAAUAUGAGUAAAAUUAGCAGAAUGAAGGAGGCCCUCUCGAAGUUGUAA